AUGGCUGGAUCAUCUUCUCAACGUCUACAAGGCAUUCUAUCAAUAACUGUGCUUAAGGCUAACAAUUUGAUUAAAAGUGAUUUGAUUGGUGACAACGAUUGUUAUGCAGUUAUUUCACUGGAACCGCUUGCAAACGAAUCGAAAGUCAAGACUGGAAAUCAACCGAAACAAACUGAAACGUGUCAGAAGACACAAAUUCGUGAUGGUUGUAAUCCGAUUUUCAACGAAAAACUUCUAUUUCCUGUAGCAGAAGGAUUAGAAGCAUUGUACGUUCAAGUUUGGGAUAGCGACAUUGGCAAAGAUGACCUUUUAGGCUAUGGAACAUUGAGUUUGUUAGACGACGACCACGGUGGUCAAUUUAAUACGAGCUUAAACAAAGAAUGGCUUCACGCUGUAACUAUUUCUAUGGACAAUGCAAAACGUGGCAAUGGUGGCACACUAGAGCUUGUUCUUCAUUUCAUUCCAGAGUCAGUUGCUGCGUAUAUGAGCAAAAAAUUUAAUGCUGCUCAAGCAGAUUUGAAGAAAAAAUUAACCGAUCAAAUUGUGUCAAAAAUGACCGAUGUCGCUACCGAUCAAAUUCGAGGAUACGUCGGCAUUAGUAAUUAA